AUGAAGACCACUCAGAUCGCCCUUUCUUUCCUCUCUUCCCUCCUCUUCUCUUCGCAAGCUCUGGCUCUACCCACCACGAGCAGCGAGACCACCCCCUUCUACUACUCCGAAACCCUGGCUUUGCCAACCAGCGAUGCUGUAAAUCUCGAAAAGAGAGCUCUAGCUACCCUCACUGUCAUCGUCUGCCAGAAUAUCAAUGGCGCCCAACCUUGUGUCGGGUUAGACGUCACCGGCGCUCAAGUGAACCAGUGCAUUAACUUCCAAGGCGCCUGGAACGACUCGAUCAGCAGCUUGAGAAUCGGAACAACUCCUGGUUGGGGUGGAUGUGAAUUCUACUUGAACUGGAACUGCGAUACUGCCAUUUUGCCAGCUCCAAAUGGUGCUCAGUACUUCGAUCUUCGAUAUGUUGAGAAUAACCUUAACAGGAAUGAUAUGAUCAGCAGCUUCAGAUGUGUCGCUAGGGCUUAG